UGUAUUCAGUGAGCUUCAGUUAACCUGUUGGCGCCGAGAAGUUACUAAACUUGGCUUUCGUUAACAAAAACGCUUGUACACCGCGCCUUCAAUUACUAAGUUUCAAUUUUUCGUUUCACUACUAUAGGUUCUUUGUUAUAUUUUUGUGUUAGUGUUUACUCCAAGAAUUAACUAUUUUUUUUAAAUUAUAUUUUAAAAUAAUAUCUUUUCUUCACAUUCUUCACAAUGGUUGCCAAAGAUUCAAAAACACCAGCCGUUGAGCUUAUGAAUCCUUAUGAAAAACCUCCAUCGGUGCCAGUUGGUCAAUCUAUUCGAACAUUUCUUUAUAAUCAUGAAACCGGUGCCUUUAUGGGCAGAACUGCCAGUAGUUGGGGAAAAAUUGGACUUUUCUACUUAGUAUUUUACGGAGUAUUAGCAGCUUUAGUAGCUAUCUGCUUUUGGGGAUUUUAUCAAACAAUUGAUCCAAGAAUACCAACUUGGCAAUUAAAUAAAUCUCUCAUAGGAACGAACCCAGGUUUGGGUUUCAGACCUCAUCCACCGUCGGAAAAUGUUGAAAGUACCUUAAUAUGGUACAAAGCAACAGAUUCAGAAAACUUUAAAUAUUGGGUUAAAUCUUUAGAAGACUUUUUGCACGAUUAUAGAACUCCUGGUACGACACCUGGUCUAGGGGCAAACAUUUAUAACUGUGAUUAUGGGAAUUAUCCUCCAUCCGGACAAGUAUGCAAUGUGGAUAUUUACAAAUUUCAUCCUUGCACUGAGAAAAAUUUGUUCAAUUAUCACAAAUCAGCUCCUUGCAUCUUCUUAAAGCUAAACAAGAUUUACGGAUGGAGACCAGAUUUCUACAACAACACUGAUGAAUUGCCAUCAAUAAUGCCAGAGUCAUUAAAAAGUCAUAUUCGCUCAUUGAAAGCGGAAGAUUCCCGAAAACUUAAUACCAUUUGGGUAUCUUGUGAGGGUGAAAAUCCAGCGGAUCAAGAAAACAUUGGUCCCAUCGAAAUAAUACCGAAAGAGCAAGGAUUUCCUGGAUAUUACUAUCCUUUUGAAAAUGCAGAAGGAUACUUAAGUCCAUUAGUAGCUGUACACUUCAGACGUCUAACAAGAGGAAUUCUGAUAAAUGUCGAAUGCAAAGCUUGGGCGAAAAAUAUAAUACACAAUCGCCAUGAAAAAUUAGGAUCCGUACACUUUGAGUUGAUGGUAGAUUAAACUAUUAAGGAGUGAUAUUUUUUAUAUUAAAAAAAUCCAAAAAUGUAUUAUUCAUAUCGUAAAGUGUGUCUUCUUUGUGUUUUAUGAGUAUAAGUAAUUUUUAAAGUUACCAUUCGAAAAUGUAUUAUUGAAAAAUCAAAGUAAAAGUAUUUAAUAAUGCAUCUCGAUUAGAAGUAAAAUAAAUUUUGACAAUGUUAAUUUUAUUCUCUGUUGGAUCGAUGAGUAUAACAUUGUUCAGUCAAAAUUGAGAUUAUUACAAUUGUCAUAUGUAUUUUCAGAAAAUCAGGAAUUAUAAUUAGUUGUUUUUGAAAAUAUCUGCAUGAAGAAAAAUGUAUAGAAAAUAAGGAAGAAAAUAAGAUGCCAUUUAAUUAUGUCUAACGUUUAAAGAAAGAUUUUGUGACACAUAUAAUGACUCUAAGAGUCACUUUAAUAGUUUUUUUUAGAUCGGUCAAUAUUUAUCGGUGUCUUAAAGCCCAUGAAACGAGAACUGUUUGUUUAUAGAGUAAAUUUUUUUAAAGCAAUUAAUUACAUUAAUUAAUUCUUCUAUUAUUACGGGAAACUAAAAAAAAACUAUAAAAAAAUAGUUAAUAAAAACAAAUUAUUCCUAAAUAAAAUGUGGAAUCAAUUUUUCAAAAUAAUGUUAAAAAAUUCCUCUGGUUAGAAUAAUGUUUGUCGAUUUUAGAAUUUUAUAUGGGUUUUAAGCUAAAUAUUAACUAAUUUAAAAAAUGCAAUGUUUUUUCAAUUUAGAAUAAAUUUUGUGUGUCAAAGUGUAGAUAAUAUUUUGAAAAAGAAUUCAUUUUUGGAACAUCUGCUUUUAUUUGUUGUGAACUAGUAAAAAAUUAAUCUUAUUUAUUUAUUCAGUUUGAAAAAAGUGUGGAAUUUAAAUAUAUCGUUUUCAGUAUUAAUAAAAUUUGUUUGAGCGUAGAAUAUUUUUAAGUUUACAAAACACAUCAAUUUAAUAUUAAUUUAAUAUUUUGUAUCAAUUGUGUCACAAUAAUAGUUUUAAUAAGAGAUGCUUUUACACGAGGAAAAUUAUACGUUUUUCAAUUUGAAACUUCAGCUAAACAUUUUUGUAUUGAUGUAGAAUUUGAGACAUAACAAAAAUAACUUUAGGGUUUUCUCUAAGACUUUCUUUCUUGAUCUUUCUGUAUGACUUUCUUUUGUGUAAGAAACAGGACUUUUUAUUAUAAAAGUACCUUAAUUAAAAAUAUCAAGUUUUGUGUGAUUAUUUUAAAAUUUGUGUAUGAGAAAAAAGUAGAGUUAGCUGUGCAAAAUCUCUUCCCUUUUUUUAGUAAUUUUCAUUUGUAACAUAUUUUCGAAUUUUAAAAUUUUUUAUUACUCACAAAAGAACAAAUUCUUGUGUUCAAAACAGAAAAAUUGUUAUACUAAGCAACAAUUAUUGUUUAAGUCCAAGGAUAUUUAUACAUGAAAUUUUUUUUACAAAAAUUGAAGAAGGUUUUCUUAUCAUUUAUAAAGAACAAACUGCCUUUUAAUUAAUUAAUGAUGUCAGCUAAAGGUACCUAGAUCAAUUUAUACAGCUGUAAGCGCAUAAAAUAAAUUUAACAGCGAAUGGUUCGUAGAAAUAUAAAAUUACUUUUUUACUCAAAUGUUUACAAACAAAAGAUAAUAUAUUUAAAUAGUGUAUAUAAAGAUUAUGUAUACCUAACAGGAAGGUAAAUUUUUGGAAAUACAUUCUAAAGAAAAUGUAAAUUCAUUUAUUUAAUAUUACAUAUACUUAUAAAUUGCAUCUAAGGUGAAUAUUUUUAAUUCUGUCUAAAAGCAGUAAUUUUACGUUGUUCCAUAUUUGGGUUCUCGAAAGAAUUUGAGAAUUUAAUGAUUUAAAGAUUUAAUGUCAAUAUUAAAAUCGUAUUAUGAAAUCAUUUUUAAAGAAUGUAAAAUUUCUUUUUAUAUUAAUUUCUGAAAAUACCGUUUUCCUAAGAUGCAAGUAUAGGUAUACCUGUUACUCAUUAUAUACUUAAUGCAUGAUAGAAAACACAACUGCUUCUUAUAGUAAAACUUAAGGAAUGACUCAUUUUGUUAAUGCAAUUUUUUUGAAAAAGUGUUAAAGAUGUUUCCUUAAAUCUUAAUAAUACAAUAUAACUAUUUUCUUCAAAGUUUAUGAAAACUUUGUAUUUUACAAAAAAGAUAUUAUAUUUUUAUUGAAUGGUACAUAUAAUAGUAUUCUCAACAAACAAUUAUGUAAUUAAAUCUCCUUAACGAUAUCCUUAUAAUAAUAUUAUUAUAUUGGAAUAUAUUAAUAUAAUAAAAUGUCAAUACUUCAUAAUUUACAGAAAAAAACGAAUAAACGAUUAUAAAAAUGUUGUAUAAAUAUGUUUUGGCAGUGAAAUUAUACAAUUUCGUAUUAUGUAAACCGAAUAUUUAUUUAAAAAAUUCCCUGAAUUGUAUCUAUGAAAAAGCGAGCGUUUGUAAUGUUUGUGAAAAAAAUAAAAAUUUUGUACAGAAA